AUGUCACCGGUUUCGAGAACGAUGUUCUCCGCGCUCAUUCUUUUCGCAGCGCCAUUCGUUAUCGCUACGUCUAUUAAUUCUCGUCAUAAUGAUCACCACGACGUAUCGACCCAGCUCCCAUCAACAUGGUAUCAUGCAGCCGAACACCCUGUUCACAAAUUAUUCAAACGCGGACCGGAAGACACGGAUGGCAUUGAAUACGCGACUGUAGGCUCACCAACUUGGGCUAGUAGCUUUCCCCAGUCUACUCCCGAUGUUGCCCAGCUACCACAGGCCUGGACCGACGCGCUCCGAAAGGCUGUCGCUGACGGAAAAAUUCCUAAUAUACCUCCCACAAGAGCCCCUUCUGUGGACGUGGCUCCAGCAUACCCGCCUGGAGUCGACCCGAUGGAUCCUAACAUCUGCUCGGCUACAUAUCGAUGCAGAAUUCCAGGUGAUAUGUGGGACGCCCCGGAUGGUGUCUUUGGUACUGGGUUUGACGACACUCCGACACAGCCGUCAAUCAAGCUCAACCAGUUCCUCAAAGACAACAACGAGCGGACUACUCAUUUCAUGAUUGGUGUAAAUAUUCGACAGAAUCCGGAUAUUUUCUUGGAUAUUCACAACCAUGGAAGUGACAUCGCCGUUCACACUUACACGCAUCCAGCAAUGACAGCGUUGUCCAACGAGGAGAUCCUUGGCCAGCUGGGCUGGACUAUGGAGAUUAUCCACAAUUCGACAGGUGGACGUCUCCCAAGGUACUGGAGGCCUCCUUAUGGUGACUAUGAUAUGCGGGUUAGAGCCAUUGCUCGGGAGGUGUUCGGCCUUGAGGUCAUCCUCUGGAAUCAUGAUACCAUGGACUGGUCUCUGAUUACUGGAGGAACUACCCCAGCUGCCAUCAACGCGUCGCUCACCCAAUGGCUGACUGGACCCAAAUCACCUGGCCUGAUCAUUUUGGAACACGAUACCUCCGAAGCAGCUGUAGAUGCGUUCAUUAGCGCAUAUCCCGCCAUCAAGGCCAACGGCUGGCAACUCGUUUCACAGGCCCAGCUCUCCAAUGGCCAUGGGUCCACGUACCAGAAUGUAGACGCUCAGGGCAAGGUGACCUUUAAAGCCGUUGCUGCAGAUGUUGUCGUUCCAUCGUCACCAAAUCCUCAGCCCGCACCUGCUUCGUCCGGGACUAAUUCGUCGCCUUCGUCCUCAUCGCCCUCGCCUUCGUCAUCGGCCGGCUCUGGUACGAGUGUUGCCGGAAAUCUCCCAACAGGCUCGACCAACGCCGAAUCGAAUAACGGGUCUCCACCCAGUGUGUCGCAUUCCCUGGCGUUCGUUCUCUGUUCGCCAUUGCUUUUACUUGCCUCACUUCUGACAUGA